AUGGACGGCGAUGCCGCGUCGUCCCAGAGCGAGGUUGCAGAAACUCCCCGGGACCCGUCGCCGAAGCAAUCGCAGCAAUCCGAUGCUCUCGAUGCCAGUGGCCCCGGCGCUGCCCUCAGCAUCCCUCUGACCGUCACCAACUCCCAGGAAUCCCACAUUACAAGCUCCUCGGCACCGGCCAUGACGCCCCCGGCCAGCGAUAUCAGCAGCGUCACGGACGGCGCCGCGGGAUAUGUGGCUCACGAUGCCUCGUCUGCCGCUGCCCGAGACAGGAACGACCAUCUGCUGCAGCUUUCCACCAUUGCCGCGGCCCAGGACAGGAUAUCGACGGCGGGCGCCUCCAAGAAGCGCAUGGCGGACGGCGAGGUCAAGGCCGGCAUGAGCCCUGCCAGGGGGCACGGCCAGGGGCAUGCCAGGAACCUCAGCACCGUCAGCGCCACGUCCACCGGCAGCACCAUAGGAGAGCUGUCUGCCGAGCUCAAGACACGCCUCUCUUACGCCAUGAUGAAGGUCAACUUUGGCUGGCAAGGCCACUCCAUCGAGGAGGUCGAAUCAAUGGCCGCCUCCCAGGCCGUCUCUCCCGCCUCGGGCUCCUCCACCAUCAGGCGGCACAGCUCCUCGGCGAGUCCGCGUUUGGAUGUCACCACCGCAUCUGCUCAGGUACAUCUCGCCCAACAGGCCGCCGCCCGCCGCAAGUCCGAUUCUCCUUACCUGACCUCUGACAAGCCCUCUCUCGCCCCUCCGGCCACCAUCCAGCCGUCCAUCCCUGUCUCGCGCUCCAACCCGCGCCGCAAUUCUAGCCCUCGAUACACGCCGACGAUGCUCUCCCACUCCCACUCGGCAUCUCCUCACACUCCUGGCCAGCCAAUGCUCGUCGAUUCCCAUCAGUCCUUGUCUCAGCCCGCGCGAACGACCGACCCCAUCUUGUACCCUUCUCAUCAGAACGUCAGGGAGCAGGAUGCUAUGGAGGCGCUGCUCUUCAUGAGCAGUCCGAACAAUUCGGCCAACCUGAAGCAUACAUUCUCGCCGUCAGCUUCCCCUCACCCCCAGACGGGUGCUUUCAGAAACCCCACGACAAGACACGCGCUGCCCAGCGCUCCUCGAAAAGUCCUUCCCGGACAUCGGCCAGCGAAUGUCCACAGGAGGCCUGAGUUUGACAAAUCCCCUGGAAUGAUGCGUCCCCCGGGGUCGCCAAUGGAUGUAGAUUCGCCACAGCACUCAUACUACAGCCCCAACGGUACGACGCCCAAGAGACGCGUCAAGGGACCCGCUAGCCACCUGAGAGGUUCUCUUUCGCUUCCCAGUGGGCUGGGUGCUGGGCAUAGCGGUGCGCGAAGAGUCUUGCGUGAUGAGGAUAUCGAGAGGAUGCUCGACCGGGCAGGUGCCGAAGCGGCUGAUUCUUCGGACGAUGAAGAGAUUCAGAUUCCUCGUCUGAGGAACGAUUCGACCGGCAUGAUGGGGGUCCGGGGAUGA